UUUUCUCCCUCCCCAUUUUGCAAUUUUCCAUACAUCCAAAGGUCCAAGAAGGAGCUUCUGCUGCCUCCUUCUGGGGCGGCGACUGGCGAGAGUUGACCCUCUAAAAUACUAGCACUAUUUAAAUUGGUAACACAUAGCUGAAUUCCCUCUGUUAUAGCUGAAGCCUGGAGGCCCCCCCCUGCAUAAAAUUUAUAACUUGGUGGUUUUUCUUCUCUUUCUUCAUCAUUACUGCUGGAAAAAAAAAACUGUUCUUUCCCUCUUUUGCUAUAGAUGGUUAAGGUUUAGUAUGUUUUUAGUGUUGGAGCUGAUGAUCAUGGUUUGGAAACUUUGCAGUGAAGAGAGAAUCCAUCAUCAGUCUACUGGAGAUACUGGAAGAUAUCCCUUUUGGUUGUACCACAUAUGAAUAACCAGGCAGGUUGCCUUAGUCAUAGCUGCCAAAAAUAGUGGAUGUUUGCUUCACAGCUGUUGAGAAUUUUACAAACUAUUCCUGCUGAUGUAAACUAUGAAACCUGGGACUUGGACAUCCCUGAAGUGAAGUUGACAAUGAAGAAAGAUAAGAGUGAUAUCUUAUGCCAUUCAAAUGGCUUUGAGAGGGUGGCAGAUCCUCUAGCAUUUCAGAUGGAAAAUGUGCAUGAUUCUUUGCAUGCAUCUGUGCUCAAGUGCUCUGCGGUUGCGGACAUAAGGACCACCACUGAUGAUGACAAAGCUAGAGAUCCUGGAAAGCUGGGAGAUCAUGAAGGGCCCUUGUGUCAUUCGAAUGAUGGUGCUGCUGGUACUGAGCUAUCAGACCAUGAAGAUAAACUACGGAGUAGUCCAAAAUUUGAGAGCUCAAUUAUUGUAGAUGGUGAAAAAGAAUCUAGAGAUUCCGAGAAACUGUGCACCAAUGUUUCAUCAUUGUUUGUAUCAGAGUCAGAUUCACUACGUUACACUGACAAAAGUGUUCGUGAGUGGGAACUUUCUGUGUGCUACAGAGAUAGCAAUUACCAAAUUGUUAAGGACAUAUGUGUUGAUGAAGGGUUGCCUACCCAGGACAAAACUUUGAUUGAAGCUGAAAAAGAUGGUCAUCCUGGCAUGUUAACUCCGCAGCCUUGUCAAGACCAGCAUAGUGGGACAAUAAGAGGAUGCCAUGACACUGAACCCGGCCAAGAUGGACUUAAAGCUUCUACAGUAGAUGAUAUCACAAACAGUGUUUCUAUUGAUUGUGGAGCCAAAGUUGAAGUGGAUAUUUCAACCUUUUUCAUGGAGGGAUCAAAAUCCUCCUUGGAAGAACAUGCUGGCAAGGAUGCUACUAAGGUACGUGGCCCAGGGAAUGUGACGCAGAUGGGUGAAGCAAAUUGGAGUUCCACCGAAAGGAGAGCAGAUGAUGUUUCUGAGGAUGAAUCUGCUGUGAUUAGUGGACGUAGCUCGCAAGAGUCAGUUGUGCAGGACUCUAUUCAACUAUUAUCCAACUGUGAUGGGAACAAAGCUCCAAAACAGCUUGACGAGGUUCCAUCCGUAGAUUCUAUUUUAGAAAGCCUUGCCGUAGCUUUUACUGCAGACGCAUCAAAGAAGAGUGGAACAGCCAAUAAUUUGCAUUAUAAUAGCAAAGUGGAAAGUGGGACAAUCACAUUUGAUUUCAAGUCUCCCAAACCUGCAAUAGAUAGCCACGCUGAUGAGUCUGCUGAAAACAGUCAUGAAGAAGUCCUCAAGUCAGAGGGUGUGCUCAAUCACAAGCAGGAGAAUUUGACUGACCAAUCAGCUGCUCUCAUUGAAUGUGGAAGCAGCACGGACAAGAACGAAACCACUGUUCAUGAGCCAAAAGCCCAGCAACAAGAUGCAGUGGACCAUCCUAGCCAAGUCCAUCGUGGUGGGGGGGAGUCAAGUUUCUCUUCAACAGGACCUUUAUCAGGUCUUAUUACGUACUCAGGGCCAAUAGCUUAUUCUGGGAGCACAUCUCUUCGAUCAGAUAGCAGCACCACCAGCACGCGGUCCUUUGCGUUCCCCAUAUUACAAUCUGAAUGGAAUAGCAGUCCUGUGAGAAUGACAAAGGCCGAGCGGAGGCAUAUCCGGAAACACCGGGGGUGGAUACAGGGCCUUUUUUGCUGUAGAUUCUAAAUACAUCCUUCUACAUAUAGUUCUUAUUAGCUUAGGUAUAUACAGCAUCAAGAUAUGAAGCUGUGGGCCAUCGAGUGCUCUUAGUAUACUUGUCAAUAUUCUUUUAGGUUUAUUUUCCCUUUUUGAGUUUUUAAACUCGAAUGAGCAAAGUUGAUGUCUAAUUGAUGUUUACAUUUUAGCUCUUGAGCCGUUGAGCGGUCAUCUAUUUAUCAGAAGAUUCAUGUACAAAUCCUACUAAUUGCACUGCAGCUUUUUCCAUACAGCAGCAUGUUCUGAUGCAGCUAACUUCUACAGGGUUAGAGUUGGAUU